CCCGGCUCACGCAGUACUGUGGGUUAUUCGCCUAUGAGAAGAUGGAUGAGGGAUAUGGUAUGUGCACCUGGAAGGUCCUGGAACAAAUAUGGGACAAGAGUAAGGACAUCAACCGUGAUAGAUACAUGCUAGAACUCUUCAGGAUGGCACGGAACGGGAUGUUGUGCUACGCCGAAGGUGCCCGAGUAGUCAACGUUCAUGGACCCUGUGAAGCGUUGGAACUCGCUUGCCGUCCCCACGCCCCGAAAGUCAUUGAUCAAUGCUGGAGGUUGUCCCAAGCCAAGCCACCAGCCGCCCCCGCCGCACCAACUCCUCGACCGGAGCCUCCUGCAACGCCCCGUGGCCGCGGCAUUUAAAACCUUGACGAAGCUACUCAACGAAAGUCUCUCACCCACCUUCUCUUAAACUAUUAAACUAAUAUGCCCGUUAAAACAUGAUGCGUAAUUUUACUGACGGAUGACUGCGUCAUUUUACUGACGUAUGACUGCGUCAACGACCAAUGCGAUCCUGGAUGCGCCAAAUGAGAUAGAGAUCUACAUAACGUGAAUGAAAAUGUAACCAUAAAAAUAAUACGCUGAAGUACAGGCGUAUGGGUUAAGCACUUUCACGAUUUUGUUUAGCGCGGUAAUCGAAAUGUCUCUUCGUGUAUAACAGGCAUUAAACUCUCAUAUGGUUUCUGA